UGUUCUGUCUAUAUCAAGUUUUAUCUCUUAAUCACAUGACCUCUUCUUUGUCUGUUUGCUUUUAUUAUUUGUUUUUAAUUCAGAUACAUAUUGCCCCUGAGAGUAUAAAUAUGUUUCUUCGUCUGUGUAGCUGAAAAUUUGAGCCUGAUGACGCUAUAGGGUAAAAUGUAUAAAACUUUAUAUUCAUAACAUUUUGUAUUUGAAACAUUGAAGUACUUUCUUUUGAUUCAAGUUACGUUACUGAAUGUAACUGUAAUCCAAUGUGAUGGAAAAUUAUCUAUAAAGAUAUCAAAUUUAUGUGGAAAGUGAAUAUAUUCCAGUUGGAAAUUCAUAAACAAAAAACACUAAGUAAAAUAACAAGAUGAAUAAUAGCAAUAACAACACAAUUGAAGAUAUUAAUAGACAGUAUUUUAAUAUUUUAAAACCAGCGUUUAUUUUCGUCUCUAUUUUAUUGCCUGUUGGUCUAGUUGGCAAUUCUAUAGCCUUAUACAUUUAUGGUUUUCGUUUCCAGAAACUACCUGUUCAUGUUUUCCUAAUUUCUUUGGCUGUUUUUGAUAUGAUUGGUUGCAUUUUCGGAAUACCAUUAGAGAUGGUCGCAUUGUGGUAUUCUAAGAUGUAUCCUAGCAACAUUCUUUGCAAACUGGAAAAAUUCUUUAUAUUCUACAGCAGCAUUACCUCAACUAUAACCUUACUUGUGAUAGCAGUGGAGAGAUAUAAUAAAGUUUGCCGCCAUAACAAAAAACAGCUUUCGGUUCGAGCAGCUAAAAUAAUGACUGUGACCAUUGGUUUCGGAUCCGUCGGAUUAGCCUUACCCGGCGCCUUAUUCUUCGAAAAAAUGAACGAUCCAUUUUCGGUCAGUUCGGUCGAAAAGGUUUGCUUUUAUAGAUAUGGGUAUGAGAGGCUCCGAAAUUAUUUUCUGACAUCUCUCGGAAUUGACUUACUUAUUUUAACAGUAAUGUUUUUUUUAUAUCAACGCAUCUGGAAGGUGGCCAAGGAACAUUAUAUACCUACAAACUAUACGAUAAAUCUUAAUCUUAAUAAUAUGAAUGCACGCAAUCAAAACACAAGAACCUACGCAAAAAUCAGACAAACCAAUAAAAUUCUCGUAUGCAUUACAUUCUUGUUUGCUAUCAGCUUUAUCCCAGGUUUAAUACUCGGAAUUACUUACCCACUAAUUGAAGGUAAACACAUUCCAGAUGUUGCGGAGUAUUUCAGACACGUGGUCAUUCGAAUGUGGAUCUUGAAUUGUACAAUGAACCCUAUAGUCUACGGAUUAUUAAAUACUCGCUUUCGUCGGAUUGCCAAGAACAUAUUUUGCAGAAUUGUUUUCAGGAAAACCAAUGAAACAGAGAGGGGUGCAUCCUCAGAUACUUCACGAUAAACGGAGAAAAUAUCGAUUUUCACUAAUGAACAGUGAGAAUCGGCUUUAUUUUCAUUUUAACUACCUGUGUUUUAAUAUACCAUUAUCAUAGUAUCAAACUUAUUGAAAACAAUUCAUGUCACAAUGAAUGCUGACGAGUGACAAAACAUUUUUGGAAUAACUAUACAUAAUGUAUUAGUUUCGAAAAAAUUAUAUAAGUUUCUGUGUACAAAUACACAUGUUUAUACAUACAUACAUACAUACAUAAUAUAAAUAAUAUAUAAAUAAUAUAUA